UUUAUUUUUUUGUUGUGUAGAAGAUGGAGAAUUUGGGGAAAGCAAAAGAUCCGGAAUGGAAUACAGAGACAAAUUUGGAGAAAAUGGACAAGAGUUAUUUUCAUCUGCUUCUCAACAAGAGGAUGGUCUUAAACCCACGAGAUGAUACGGUUAGUCUUAUUCCUAACUAUUCUCCCAAAGACCCUGAGAAUCUGCCCAUUCACUCAGAGAACUUGGGAAUCUGCACAUUCAUUCUGAUACUGUGGAUAUCUACCCGUUCAUUCCAAGACCCUCGGAAUCUGCCCAUUUACCUCAAGCAUCGGAAAUUUCCCAUUCGUUCUUAAACUGUGGGAAUCUGCCUAUUCAAUCCCAAACCAUGAGAAUCUGCCCAUUUAGACCAACAUCCUGUGAUCUGGCUCCAUAAGGCUGUGAGACAAAGUAAAGAUAUUUGUUUUACUUAACUCAAAAUUUACGGUUAAAGGUUGGAUAAUAUUUUAUGUCCUACUAAACAGGUUAGAAUGAGGACUAUGGGGGAAACGGCUGCAAUUCUGAAACCAAUGGCUGCGACGUGGCUUCUGGCCAAGUUACAGGACACCAGAAUUGUGUUGAUUUAUUGUACAACAAUGCAAAAUAUGCUGGUAAAAUAGUAAGUGUAAAAUAAUUCCAGGUAGCUUACAGCAAUAAAAUAAGUCUUUUUUUUCUCUCUCUCUCUUUUUGUUUGUCUAGAAAUCUCUUCUUCACCGGCUGAUUUUUGUGUCCAAAAUCUCCCCCGAGUUGGCUGAUAAGAGAGAUCUGGCAGGUACACCCAUUGCAUAUCGGGAAUGAGCGGAAUGUUUGGUGAUAACCAAAAUUUAUUUUUAAUUUACUUUGUAUAAGGACACCUGGUUGGUUGGUAGGUUUAGGAUAGAUGUUCAGCAGCUCAAGCUGGGUACCACAGGUAGACUGACAGGUAGGUUGCAUGUAGAAGGCAUGCUUAAUCCAAUGGACCCCAUCCAGUCUAUAAGAAACAUCAGAACACGGUGCUAGCAAGAUUAAACAAGUUGGUGAUAUUAUUGGGCUCCAUGGUAAUGUAAAUAGUUGAUAUAGAGUCGGCCUUUCAGAUGUUUUAGACCAUUACUCUUACAGCCACAACAUCUGGAGUGCAGAAGGUUGCCUACCCCUGUCCUACAUGAUAUGGUUGAAUCCAAUUGGUAUGAUUAUGGUUGGUGCUAUAGUUCGGCUAGAAGGUAGUGUUGGUCUAAUUAUUAUGGUUAUGGUAGAUGACAAAAUAAAAUCCAGCGGUAUGGCUACACUAGGUGGCAUGGUAAUGGUAGGUGCCGCGGUGAUGUUAGGUGGUAUGGUGACACUAGGUAGCAUAGCUAAUCCAGUUUGGUAUGCUAGUGAUAUGGUAAAUCCAGGUCAGCAGGGUUACAUCAAGUGGUAUGACUUCACCAGCUAUUAAAGUUACAAUUAAAUCUUCAGUUUCUUGCAAAUUUUGUCUUUCUCUUUUUAUUAGCCCAUGUCACAGAUUUCUCUCUCUUGUCCUUCUCAUCCCCUACAGAAUACUGGGAGCAACAAUUCCUGCUGUACAACCAGGGUGAAUCUGUCUCCGGCCUACUGCUUCUUUAUUCAUCGUACACCAUCCACAUCAUGGAGGUAGGUGGACUCACUCGCGCUCAUUCUCUAACCUGUGUAGGACUGCUUGUUGGCCUUAGGACCACAGCUGCCAUCUUGCCCAAUGUGCUAUGAUGAGCCAUGGGAUAUGAGAAUUGUAAUCUGAUGAAUGAUUGCAGUUGAGAAAUUUUAAAUAAUUUUGGACCAAAGAUUGUCAAACCAUUGGGCUCCUCCUCCAUAGUUGCCCAAAUCGAGCACUGAUCUGGUGACACUAGAGAGAUCUCUGCAGUGUGUGCUGGAGAGAUGUUCCUAACAGCUUCUAGUUUAAAAAAACGCAGACUUCAAAGCAGGUUAUAAUUUGUUGUCUGUGUACUUUAAUUUUUUUGCUCUGUUAUAUUAAAACGUUUCUUGUUUAAAACAUUUCUCUUGCUCAUUACAUAAGCAGCAUUACUGAUGACAUUGAUAAUAAUAUAUACAAAAUAUGGGGCAUGAUUAAUAGACAUUAUUGCUACUAUUAAGUUCUGUCUUUUGUGUCCCUAAGAACUCCUUUCUCCCCUUUUCCCCUGAGCGGACAUAUAUAUAUCUCGGAUCUGAUUGAUUCUCCACCCAUUCGGGACUCAGUGGGUUAAUAACAGCGCGGGACACUACAGACCUCUAUACCGAUCAUAGUAUUAGCAACCAUCAGUGCCUUAACUUGCAGUAUAUAUAUAAUUUUCUCUUAUUUAGUAUAGCUUGAGUGUGCUACUUAUCAGCAUUAGUACUAUUUGCUUUUUCAUUUUCUAUCCUAUACUUGGUGCCCUUGAAGGCACUAUUCCUACUUGCUUUAAUUUGGUGUAUACCUUAUUAUUAGAAAUCUGAUUUUCCACUAAGAUUAUUAGACAUAUACCAGACAACGUUGUCCUUCCAAUUUUUUUAUUUAUUAAGUUUAUUUAUGAUCGUUUUAAUACGAAUCUAGCAUGCUGAAAUACCUGCUCUCGUUCUUAUACUAGAACUUUUGACGAUAUUACAACUGCACAAAUUUAUUCACUAAUUGUGUUAUAGAUUGAGUUUGCAUUUGAUUACAGUAGAAUCCCCUGUGGUUGAAAUGCAUUGAUCCUUCGUAGUGUAUCUUUUUCCUCAUAUAUCGAUACCAUUACAUUGAAGGGAUUCUCUUAACUGUAUCUUAUUUUUUGAUACCAAUAUAUCUCGAUGUAAUUUACAUUGAAGGUAAAAGUAUCCCCUGUAGUUAUAUUAGACUGACACUUAGCAUUUUAUUUCAUUUUUGACUUAUAGAUAUGAGUUAUUGAACGAAAUUGUCAGCUUCACUCAGUGGGAUUCUCUGUAUUGUACCCUAUUUUGGAUUUACAGACACGAUUAUAUAUCCAUUUAUAUCGUGAUAUGCGACGUAUAAACUCUAUCUAUCAUAUUAUCUUAUUUGUUCAUAUUUAUCUUUAUUUCUUCUGUUUCUUGUGUGCUCCUUGCUUUGACUGCCGCAAUUGACUUAUGUUUAGUCAGGUAGCCAUUGCUUGUUUUUUUUUAUAGAUUUAUGUUCUCCAUUUAUUUAUCUUCCAGAUUUUUAACUGUUGUGUGUACCUUAUAUUGGUAGUAGGAACAGACUCCUCUUUCUCUUUUUUGUUCUAUAUAUAAAAUAUACUUAUAAUAAAUACAUGAAGUUAUUAUGGUGCCAGGAGGCCCGCAGGGGCACUCUUACCUUAAGGCAGGGUUGGGCAAUCUUUGGGCCCUCCAGAUGUUACGGACUACGUCUCCCUUGAUGCUUUGCCAGCAUUAUGGCCCGAAGAGCAUUAUGAAAGAUGUAGUCCAAAACAUCUGGAGGGCAGAAGAUUGCCUACCCCUGCCUUAAGGGGUUAAACCGUUCUUUAACGGUUCAACCCCAAAGUGAGCCUCCAGCGCCGAUCCUCAUAUCCCCAAGGCAUUACCAGGCUUCUGAAUCCGGAGGCCUCAUAGAACCAUAACAACUUCAUUUAGAUGAAGUUGUUAUGGUGCCUAGACUGUCUCUUUAAGGGUUAUUGUAAGAAGUCCUUUUAUGUAUAUGUAUUUUCUUGUAUUAAUGGCUAGCCCUAAUAUACUUCUAUAGCACCCAAAAAUAUCAAUCUAAUGUACUUUAUAAAAAAUAUACAUUUAUUCUACUCGCAAUGCGAACAGCAAUACAUAUGUAAAAACGUAACAGAUGGUACCGCUUAACUGAUGUUACAGAGAGAGAGAGAGAUCUUCGAUGGAGAGUAAUUGUCUUUGUCCAGAAAAUAAGGGAACCACCAAAGAGCAGUAGAACGUGGUCAUUUGCCUACUGUUAUAGACUUGACUUUAAGGACGUCAGAACUUUUAACAAAAAACUUUGGCCAUAUAAGGACUUGGUGAAGAUUCUUGACCCUCAAUCUUUUCUUUAUACACCCACAUUCCAGACUUCUCAUGGUACAGCAUAGUAAAUUACCAUCUGUUUCUUUUAACCCAUUAGACAACCAUACCAAAUAUGAAUAUAAAUAGGAACAUAGAAUAUGUAAUAUUCUACAGAUAAAUAAAGACAUUUUUAUAUUUUAAAAAAAACAACUUAAAACAAAAAAAUUAAGUUCAUUUAAAAGAGUUUUAUUAAAUCAUUACAGCUGUAAUCACUAAGCCAGGAUGCAGAUUAACCUGGAAGAAACCGGGUUAUUCACAAAAGUGUCAAUUGUUGGGAAUUCAAACCACGCAAACCGAAAAACAGCAGUUUUGGAGAAUUGUUCUAGUUUUAGCUAUUUUCCCCUAAAAUUAGAAAUUCACCCAGAAUACCUUAUCAUUCCAACUUCAGCAAAUAGCACUUUAGCAACAUGGCAUUUGACAAAUUCUCGAUCUAUAAAGUCAUACAAGACCGUUCCAUGUCUUUUGCGUCCAAUUGAAUUGCUUCAAAUUAUACAAUACGUUAUUACCCUGCAGCAUAGCAACAGCAGAAAUAUUUAAUUUUAAAAGACGUGUCAGGUGUAAGGGAAGGCCUGAGGUGUUCUCGGUUACCAGAGAAGGAUUAAGAUCCCACAGGCCCUGGGUACCGGUUUUGGACACACCUCUCAUUCUUCACAUCUUUCCAGCCUUGUGUUUAAGAGCUUUUCUGAGAAACUCCUACCUGAACACAAUGCUUUCCUCAGCUGUUCCCACUUCCUAUAACUUCUGAUCCAGUACCAGCACUUUAUUUAAUCUACCACAAUACAAAAAGAAAACAGCCCGAUCCUCCUUCUCCUACAGAGCGCCGCAAUUGUGGAACGACCUCCCGCACACUUUAAAAUCUUCCCUAAGCCUAAAGUCCUUUAAGAGAUCCUUCUCUGCAUACCUCAAAACAGAAUGCAUGUGUCAUGGUUGAUUAUAUAUUUCCUGCCUGUUCUAUGUUAAAUUUUGUAUUUAUUAUGUAUUAAUAUUGUUUUUGUAUUUUAUUGUACCCUAAUGUAACAAUGCAGUGAUUUGUGGACCCAGGACAUACUUGAACUCUCAAUGUAUCUUUCCUGGUAAAAUAUUUUAUAAAUAAAUACAUAAUAGGCAUGGUGAAUGAGGAGAGGCAAUUUCAUGGUGUUGGGGGGCUCCCUCUCAAAACUCGGUGCCCUAGGCAACUGCCUAAGGUCAUCUUAUGAUUAAUCCUGAUCUGUCUCUUACAGUCCAGCAGCGAUGUCUUGUAUUGUGUUCUGCGAGAGCUGAGAAAGAUGCAGAAACGUGAAAGCAGGUGAGUGGAUGGAACUGGGCGAGGUAAUUGGUUUUUGCUUCUGACACAAGGAACGAUUUCCUAAACAUGGAAUUCCUGUGAAAUGAAAACACCAGUGAAAAAUGUGGGCUAAAUAGCCAAGCUGUGACAAUAGAGGAGUUAUUGCAAAAGCCUACAUUUAGCAAUUGUGUUGUGUUGUAACCAGACAGAUCGCCAUUUCCUACAGUGAGGAUACAUUUAGAUAGACAUUAAAAGCAGUUACACAGUAGCCAAUGUUACAUUGCUGUUUGCUCACGUUCAAUUAUCCUACAGCGCCACCAUGUGGUUCUUCUGUCGCACUAAAACAAGCCUAACAUUUAUCUGUAGCACUGGUGGAGGUGAACUUGGCAUUCUCUAGACGCUGAGGACUACAUCUUUAGUAAUGCUUUGCCAACUAAAAUUCAAGAUUUUCCUAGUCUUCACGUCAGAAAAUAUAGAUUUUAUUAAAGACAGGAGGCGAGUAUUAUGCAUUAACUUUCUUUACUUAACUACAGCAGCAAAGUUUAGUGAAUAAAAAAAGAUAAAAACAACAGAGUAACUGAAAUGGAACGUUGGUAGCCAAUCAGCAUCCAACCUAGUCUAUAUAGUGAAUGAUCCCCAAUAUUCUCCCUCUUUCGAGCUGCGAAUCUAACACAAAAUGUGACGGCAGAUAAGAACCAUUCGGCCCAUCUAGAAGUGUCUAGUAGAGUAACUCCAAGGAUAGAAUGACGGAACUCCAAACAGGAUUAAGCUGAAAUAUAAAUAACAGGGUGGGUUAAUGGGAGGGAUAAUACUCGCCUCCUGUCUUUAAUAAAAUCUGCAGUUUUUAACGGAUCUGAUAAAGAGCCUCCUGCUUGAAACACUUUAGUAGUCAUAGCUCCUCUGAUGAGUGAGCUCCAAACAUUGAAAUAUUAAUACCUGCCAUAGACAUAGUUUGUCGUACCCAUCUUGCUAAAGAUGUAGAGGAGACAGGCAGAAAAGGUUUACGAAAAGAGAUUAGUAAUUGCGAGAAAUUGGAAUUUCGAAUCAAAGAGGUUUUAAACUCAUAUGUUUGAAGACAACUAACAACACAUAGAAGAGGAUAGUCAGAAAAUGAAGGCUAUAAUACAGUGCAGAGAUUAGUUUUGGUACGUCUAACAAUAGAAAAAUUAACACCAUCAGGAGUAUAUUGUCUAUUAUUUAAGUCUAAAACCUUAACGUCAAACUCUUUUGAAAGAGAUGAGACAUAGUAAUGUGGUAAGCUUAAACAAAAGCAAUUUUAAGGAUAAUGAGUCAUUGGCACCCCAUGAUUCUAUCAACUGGAGUACCAGGGUAACAUCCCAUGUGGAAUUAUAUUUAGGGCAUUGAUGACGUUUAAAUCUGAUACCCUUCAUAAGUCUGCAGACUAGAGGAUGUUUACCCACAGGGAAAAAUUCAGUAGGGUCGUGAUUUGCUGAGAUAGCAGAUCUAUAGACAUUAAUGGUGUGAUAAGCUUUCCCUGAGUCAAAAGAGACUGACAAAAAAUUUAGAAUGUUUGCUAAAUCUGAAUGUAUGGGAUCCACUGCCCGUCCCAUGCACCAAUUAAGCCAAAUUUUCCAGGCUGAUCUGUAAUUUGCAUGGGUUCCUGGUGCCCAUGCUUCAGAGAGAAUGUCUCUAGUAGUGUUUGAAAAUUCACUAUGCGAUUCGAAUGACCCGAAAUGAGAGAUGCAAUCAAGGGUAGUUGGCCCGACAGCACUAGAGGAUGAAAAUUUCCCUCCGGAUCGCGAAGAGAAUCCUGACGCAUCUGUAUGAGUCGUGGGUAGUUUAUCAGCAUGAUGAGAAGCUGAGGGAACCAUGGUUGUGAUGACCAGAGAGGGGUUAUAAUUACUAAGGUCGAUUUCUGGGACCAUGCUUUCAGAAGUACCCAGGAUAUCAUCGUAAACAGGGGGAAAGCAUAAUUGAUUCCGUCUUUCCAACAUUGGAGGAAAGCAUCUUGAUCUACUGCUUCUGGAUCUGAGCGCCAACUAAAAAAAGUUUCUAGUUGGCGAUUGAGGUCGUAUUGAAAUGGACCCCACAGAGCAAGUAGUCGUUGGAAGAUCCAGUAGCUGUAAUCCACUAGGAAAUGGGAAUUCGAAUCUGCUACUGUAUUGGAAAGGCCGGGAAGGUAUACUGCUCGUAACGUUAUGUUUCGAUUGAGGCAAAAAUGCCAUAAUUCUUUGGCAAUGUCUGCCAGUUGCUUGGAUUUUGUACCUCCUAAGCGAUUUAUAUAUUGGACUGCUGAUAUGUUGUCCAUCUUGAGAAGGAUACAACAAUGAGAUUUGUGUUUUGCAAAACUGCGUAGAACGAAAACCCCUGCCAUGAGUUCCAGGCAGUUUAUAUGCAUAUUUGUCUCUUCAAGAGACCAUUUGCCUCCUGUGGAAUUGCCUCCACAACAGGCUCUCCAGCCUAAUCGACUUGCGUCGGAUUCUAUAGUUAGGUCUGGGAAUGACGUGAAAAUGGCUUUCCCGUUCCAAAUUUGAACGUGAUCUAACCACCAGGAUAGUUCUCUUCUUGUCUCUGAAGUUAGAGAACUCUCAUCUGAAUAGAGGAGACCUUUGCGUAGAUGUUCUCUUUUCAAUCUUUGAAGAGCCCGAUAGUGAAGGGGGGCUGGAAAGAUAACCUUGAUCGAGGCUGAUAAAAGACCUACAAUCCGUGCUAAAGACCUGAUGGAAAUUAAUUCCUUCUUUAGAACUGACCUGAUCUCUUUUUGAAUCGUUUUCAAUUUCCGUGAUGGAAGGCUGAGAGUGGCUAAAUUGGAAUUCACUAGAAAUCCUAAAAAUUCUAUCUCCUGAGAGGGAGUUAAAAUCGAUUUUUCAUAAUUUAUUACAAAGCCAAAGCUUGUUAACAGAUUCAAUGUAGUUGAAGAGUUUGCACACUCUGUGACGUAAUCAAUAUGUCGUCUAGAUAGAUUAUCAUUCUUACUCCCCUGCUUCGAAGUAGGGAUAUUACUGGUUUGAGUAAUUUGGUGAAACACCAAGGUGCAGAGGAUAAACCAAAUGGCAAUGAUUUGAAUUGCCAUUUCUUCCCUUGCCAUAGGAACUGUAAAUAUUUCUGACAUGAGUGGUGGAUAGGUACUGUGAGGUAUGCAUCCUUCAAAUCUAUUUUGAUCAACCAGUCGUUGAAUAGCAAUAGGUCUUUGAGGUAAUAAAUUCCCUCUAUUUUGAAAUGGUGGUAUCUGACAAAAUUGUUUAAGUAUUUCAAGUUUAUGACUGGUCUGUUACCAGAAUCUUUCUUUUUCACCAAGAAUAAAUUGCUUAUGAAGCCUGGGCUGCUCAUGGGCACCUGUAUGAUGGCAUUUUUUGAGCAUAAACUUAAUAUUUCUUGAUGCACCAGGGCCUGGUCUUGGGUCGAAAAAUUUAUUGGGAAAGGUAUGUUUCUUUGGACGGGGCAUGAUAUAAAAUCUAUUUUAUAACCUAGAACCGUUUCUAGUAUCCAAGAAUCGUUUGUAAUCUGACUCCAGACAUGGAAAAAACUAGUGAGUCUGCCCCCUAACCCUACCAGGGAAGAAAGGGGGGGUUGUCAUACUCACCGGAUGAAGAUCUGAAGCGAGACAUUCCUCGAUGGCCUCUUGAUCUCCAAGGUCUGCCACGUAGUGGAAAGAAUGGAGUUGAUUGUUGGGUGUCAUAUGAGGGCCUGGUGGGUUGAAAGGUGUUCCUUGGAACCUGUCUAAGUUGAAAGGAACGGCUGGAAGAACGGUUCAUUCCUCUUCCAGCCCUUCCGAAAACCUUAGGGUUGAAAACUUUCCUCAAGGAUGACUGAGCCUUAUCAAGGGAACUAAAUAGAUUGACAUAUUUAUUAAUGUCUUUAAUAAAUGAUUCUCUGAAUAGGAGACCUUCUGCAGCUGGACCAGGUUCGGAAGUGGCUAAAUUUUACAGAUGAGGGUCAAUUUUCAUUAAAAUGCAUCAGCGCUGCGUUAGCAUUCUCCAAAAAGCAUAUCAUGCGUUGGGUCCAGCCUCUCAAAGUAUCAAUGCUGGGAGGAUUCCCAGAAGCUGCCGCAUGUUCUAAAGUUUCAAACAUUUUAGCCACAGGACCAGAAAUGUCCAUUAAUUUAUCUUGACAAAAUUUUAGUGAUCUGUCAAGACCUUUAUUUGGGUUCUUCCCUGAUUUUGUUAAAAAUUGCACAAUAGUGGGAUCUAGAUCAGGGGUCUGUGCGACUUUCUUUGACAAGGUCGGUCUAGGGCAUUCAGCUCUUAGUUUAUUUCUAGCCGCUUGGUCAAGGGGUUUCCUCAACCAGUAUUCAAGAUAUUUGGCUAUAUGAGCCAUAGGGACCCAUUCAGCUGACCUGGGGUAUUUAAUAUGGUCUGGGUCGAAUAAUGGUUUACCAUUAAAAUCCAAAAUAAUAUCCUCUUCAUCAGAUUUAGAGAUAAGCUCAGGUGUCUCUGAGAUAUAUGAAUAAUUUGAGGCAGAAUCAGAGUCAGAUUUUUCAUCCCCUGAGAUUGAAGAUGAGUCACUAUCUGAGGAGGUUUUAUAGGAGUCAGGUUUGUUUCUGUGAAUGGCCUUCCGAGCUUGUUUGUCUUCCUCACGAGCAGAGGGACUUUUGAGUGAUUGAUUACACUCUUCAGUUUUGCGUGAGACACACAUUGUGUUCUUGUCUUGGUCCUUCCCUAUCUUAAGUGGCUUAGAGCCGCUAGGGGAUUCUGCAGGACCGUCAAAGCAAUGUUUGCGUUUCUGGGUGGCCUUCCCAGACCUCCUAAAACCUUGAGCUAGGUUCCGUUCAGACUCCACAGAACUGGUCUGAAGGAGUACUAAUUAAAUGAGUCUUCUCACUGGGUUUUGAGCUGCUUAUGGCUUGAGCCACAGACUUUGCAAUUGCUUCUUGCAUAGAAGACAUUGCAGUAUAAAUUGCAGAGGAAACUGACUUUUGAACGGAUAAAUCCACUAUAUUUUGUAAAGAAUCCUCAGUGAGGAUUCAUGAGACACACCAGGUUUUGGUGACUCAAUUUGUCUAAUCUCUUUAGAAUUCAUAAUUUACAAAAUUGCAACAAAUAGCAAUUGUAUCUACUAUUCGAGAAUAGUUGAAUAAUAAAAAUGUUGCCAACUAUGAGGGGAAAUCCUGACAGGAAAAUCAAAUAGUUCAAGUUAUAAUAAGAAUUACCAGUAAAGAGUAACAAGUUGUGAAGAAAAUGCUGUCCUGAGGUAAAGUGGGCGGGAAAGUUAGCUGAGGACCAACUAACUGGUAUUUCCGCCCAUAAAACGUCAUCAAUGUAUGAGGGACUAACUGACAGAAACGCGCGUGCAGUGGUUCGCAUAAAACUGCCGAAAUGACUGAACAGUGAAUUGACCGUUCGUAUACAAAAAACCCGCGAACGCGAGAAUAAUAAAGUAAUAUGAAAAGUAAAUGGGUGGAAUUCGUGUGAAAAAACUAACAAAUGCGAUUCAUAGAAAUAACUGACCUGUUCAAAGACAAAACUACCGAACGCGGAUGGACCGCGACUUCAUUUCCAGAUAGAAUGCAUGAAAGACAGUGCACCAAAUAUAAAUAUAUAUAUAUAUAUAUUUUAAAACAAUGAGAAGACAUAGAAUUACUUCAGAAAAGUAUAUAUUCCAAAGGAAUAAACACAUAUGUCAACAUAUAACCAAACUAGAAGGUAUGUAUGUAUAGACAACAGUAGCAUAAGUGAAUAUAUAUGAUACUUAUCUCUACUGGAGCAGCAAAGAAAGAGGAAGAAUAUUGGGAAUCAUUCACUUUAUGGACUAUGCCGGAUGCUGAUUGGCUACCAACGUUCCAUUUCAGUUACUCUGUUGUUUUUAUCUUUUUUAUUGACUAAACUUUCUUGAAAAAAUGUCUUUGCUGCUGGAGUUAAGUAAAGAAAGUUAAUGCAUAAUACUCGCCUCCUGUCUUGUUAUAAAAUUACAAUUGCCCAUGCGUAACUUUUUUUCAAUUUCUUUCCUUAUUUGCUUCAUAACUGUCAUAGAAUCUUGAGGUGAAAUGUGUACCAAAAAUGCACUGGAAACAGUGACGUAAUAAUCUAGAGAUUUUACAAAAAUGCCCAUCUGUUUCUGUUGUUGAACUAGUUAUGAGUUUCUAAAUAUAGUAUGCAGGUAAGUGUGUAGGGUUUGGCGGCUGAGCAGGUUGGUCCUUGCUAGGUGCAGGCGGUAGUGGGGUAGUGGAGCAGGUAUGGCCUGGUCAGUGGGGUUAGAAAGCAAGAUUUAGAAUAAAGAGUGAAAUUCAAAGUUCUAGAAUAUGAGCCGAUUUAGAGUAAUCACUUUGGAAAAUAAUGUGCAGUUUCUGGUCAGUGUUCUAGACUUACAUGUCUGACAUUUUAUUUACCUAUUGCAUGACUUUUCACUCCAAGAGACCAUGAAUCAUCUUACCUAUAGGCAGCAAUUAAUAAAGCAAAGGAUAUUGGGCUCCCAUGAAAAUGCCUUAGUCCUGCCCCAUGCAAUCCUUAUUAGUGGAAAGGUAACUCUAGAUGGCCAGAUGGUAUAAAAUAUAAUAAUAAAUAAGGCAUUACAUUGACAUUCAACAUUUUUAUAAUCCCAUCUGGUUUUAUUAGGGCUCUACUGCUAGAACCCAGAAUCCUAGUGAUGUCCCAUAACCUCCCUUUCCGUCUGUUCACCCAAUGGAGCUACAAAGUCUUGGAUGUUCCUGCCCAGUACUUGGAAGAGAAAUACGGUGAUGAAGCCACUGAUGGUAUUAUCAGUGAGUGCCUGACAAAAAUCCUAAAGAUUGGGAAGCACCUCACCAAGUAUCCAAAGGCAAGUUAAGAGAGAUAAGAUUUAGGAGAUGUUGAUGAUGGUUUGGUGGUAUGUGUUAGUUUACGAAACAUGAUGAAGUAUGCCUAAGCAGCAUAGGCGUGCGCAGCCUAUUGCAUUAGGGUGUGCACCCUAAAGCACAAGCACACGCCGCAUAUAUAUAUGUAUGUAUGUAUAUGUAUAUAUAUAUAUAUAUAUAUAUAUAUAUACACACAUACACAUACACAUAUAUACACAUACAUACACUGCUGAGUGUGUGUGUGUGCUGUGUGAGGGUGCUGUUAGUGUGAUAUGUGUCUUUGACGGUGCUGGUAGUGUGCUAUGUGGGUGAGGGUGUUUGUGUGUGCGUGCUUGUGAGGAUGCUGUUAAUGUACUGUGUGUGAGGGUGCUGUUUGUGUGUGUGUGAGCUUGUGAGGAUGCUGUUAAUGUACUGUAUGUGAGGGUGCUGUUUGUGUGUGAGGGUACUGGUAGUGUGCUGUGUGUGUAUUUGUUAGGGUCCUGUUUGUGUUUGUGAGGGUACCGUUAGUGUGCUGUGUGUGUGUGAGGGUGCUGUUUGUGUGCUGUGUGUGAGGGUGCUGUAUGUUUGUUGGUGCUGUGUAUGUGUGUGGGUGCUGUAUGUGUGUGGGUGCUGUGUAUGUCUGUGGGUUCUGUGUAUGUUUGUGGGUGCUGUGUCUGUGGGUGCUGUAUGUCUGUGUGUGCUGUAUGUGUGUAGGUGCUGUAGGUGUGUGGGUGCUGUGUCUGUGGGUGCUGUAUGUCUGUGGGUGCGGUAUGUGUGCUGUAUGUGUGCGGGUGAUGUAUGUGUGUGGGUGCUGUAUGUGUGUGGGUGAUGUAUGUGUGUGGGUGCUGUAUGUCUGUGUGUGCUGUAUGUGUGUAGGUGCUGUAUGUGUGUGGGUGCUGUAUGUCUGUGGGUGCUGUAUGUGUGUGGGUGCUGUGUGGGUGCUGUAUGUGUGUGUUCUGUAUGUCUGUGUGUGCUGUAUGUGUGUGUGCUGUAUGUCUGUGUGUGCUGUAUGUGGGUGGGUGAUUGUGGGGGUGGAGGUUGGGGUACAUUACUUGCUAUCCCCCCUCCCUUCUUACCUUUUGUAGGGAGGGGGGAUCGUGCUGCUGAUUCCAUCCCUGGUGGUCCAGUGGAGAGUGAACUCUAGCCCCUGUGGGGCUAGAGUUCACUCUCGCGAGAUUUGAGCGUUGCCGUGGCAACGCUCAUAUCUCGCGAGAGGAACCCGGCGGAGCUGCCGGCAAUAGCUCCGCCGGUCCUCUCCUGCCUCCCUCCCUGCAUGUGGGUCAGUGGGGAGGGAGGCUGAGAGCAGAGCCGGCGCUCGGAUAGCGCCGGCUCUGCAUGAGCCGACAGGGGAGAUCCUGAGAUCUCCCCUGCCGGUCUCAAUAUACAUAGGCGUGCCGCAGGAUUAGGGUGUGCCCAGGCACAACAGACACACCCCGUGCGCACGCCUAUGCUAAGCAGUAAGAAUUAGUUGGAGAGUGUUUGGAUUAAGGAAAGGAACGUUGAGUUAGGGUUGAGAUUGAGUUUAGGGUUAGCUUUUGAACAAAGUUGGAUCCAGUGAAAACCAAUACGUAAGAUAUUGAAAAUCAUGUCAUAUGGGGUGAGGAAAGAGUCAGAGUAUAGUGCUGGGUUGAUAUAUAAAGCAAGGACAGAUGAGGUGACAAUGAGAAAAUAUCUUGAUGAGGCUGCUGGGUGAGAGAAGGUAUAUAUGGGCUUCUUGGAGAUUUGAAUAUGGGGAGAUUUAAAGUUAGGCAUCAUAUGGGGUUAAAGGGACAUUUGCAAAGUUAUUUUUGGUAAUGAAGGAGGUUGGGUUUUUUUUCAGCAAAGUAGAGAAGGAAGACAAGGUAGUGUUGGGUCAGGUAGGGAUAUGUGAUUGUGGAUUCUGGGUGUAACGGUUAAAAGAUGAAUACCUUGAAUUGUUGUAACCAUAAGCUGAUGGAAUUCAGUAAGAACCUCUGGCUAUCAUCAAAACUGCUCCUACCACAUACCAAAAACAGACAGACAUUGACUGUAGAAGACAAUGUGUUUUGACCUAUAAAGUUAUGCAUGUAGAAGAAUUUUGUUUUGUGUUUGAGUCUCUGUAUUCUAUACUAUUUAUUAUUUCUGUAUUUAGUAAAAUCCUGAAACCCAGACAAUGUACAAUAUAGAGUGAAGUAGGCACACUGUAGGUCUGCAGUAUUUACAAAGAGGGAAGGCCUCUCAUUUAGAGUUUGCUUAUUCAUAAUAUUGUUUCCUUCAGGGUUCUAAAGACAUUCCGGACACAGUGUUUGACAAGGUUCCAGAACUAAUCAUUCCCCAAGGCUUCAUUUCCCACCUCUUGCAGUGUAAGCAGUUAUUCACCCCUGAUCAAUUCCUUGAGUUCUAUGACACCCCUCUGAACAUUCUUCUGGACUCUGGUAGGUAGUGCGUUUGAAGUUUUGGCCAACUUGCUAGGGAUCAGUUGGUUGAUAAUAUAAACAUGAAUGACCUGCAUGCAUCAAUGCACCUUCUAGACCAGGGGUAGGCAACCUUUGGCACUCCAGAUGAUGUGGACUACAUCUAACCUGAUGCUUUGCCAACAAGGCCAUAAGAGCAUUAUGGGAUAUGUAGUUCACAACAUCUGGAGUGCAGAAGGUUGCCUACACCUGUUCUAAUUCAAUGGUGGAACUCAACUUGUGGUCAUUUUCAGGAACGAGAUGGUCUUCAAAAUGACACACAACAAUGGUUAAUUGUUAUAAAGGUGUUUACUGUGGUUUAUCGACCACACAAAUAGACUAUUUGGAAAUGUGAACGAGAGGAAUCUUUGCAUUUAAUGUCCUAAUAUUAUCUAGAUUGUUUAAUUAUUUUGGUGCUGAGAUACAGCCAAGGAAUGUUUACUACACUUAUGGUACACUAGGAUCUGUGCAGAUAUAGGGAUCCUGUCUAAAAGCUCCAGUUUAAUUAACAAGCAGCAGGUGGCACCAAGGCAACAAAUGAAAAGUAUCAUCAUCAAUUAGCCAUAUAGAAAUGUUCAAUUUUACUGAUUUAUCAGAUCGGUAUUCGGAAUUGAAUAUUGGGAGCAUUGUAGCAGCCACUUACCAAACAAUGCCAUUUAAAAAAAAACAUUUAACGGAGCAAUGUGCAAGUCUUCCAAAAUGAAGAGUUAAUCUGUUGAGUUCUGUUGCCAUUAAGUUACGGGGAGAGUUUAGCUUUAGAGAAGCCCUGUAGAUUAAAAUCCUGGAGUUCCGUCUGAGUUCAUGCAAAAUCUGCAGUUCUCCAUUAACUAAUCUCUGAACCCCGCUGGUGAUCGUGACUCCGCGCAGCACCCACAGUCAACACUGUACCCCUAUUUGAACCAAUCAGCUGUAAAAUUUUAUAGAAAGGUGCACCAUUCAGUAUUAAAAACGAAUCGGAACAUUCUCCAUUAGGAGACAUACCGCUGGUGGAUUUGAAAAACUGUUUAACCCCUUAAGUACACAUGACAUGUGUGACAUGUCAUGAUUCCCUUUUAUUCCAGAAGUUUGGUCCUUUAAGGGUUUAAAAGGUUACUCCAAUCAUCAUAACCACUACCACCCACUGUAGGGGUUAUGAUGCCAGGACAUCUCAAUGACACUGCCAUAGGUGGACUUACACCUCCACCAUUAGAAGGGUUAAACUUGUUUGUUAGUGAACACUUCAUGCACCAUUACCACUUCAAAUCACUGAAAUGUUCAUUGUGCUUGUAGUAACCAUUUAACACCAGAGGUAUUGUACCAGGAGACUUCAGAUACUAUAACCACUUCAAUGAGAUAGAUGUGGUUAUAGUGCCUAGAGUGUACUUCUCACAACCUCUGUGUUAGAGCUGCAUAUGAUUGUAAGUACUGGGGUCGGCUAGAUUGAACGGUAAUUAAAAGGGCAUUGUGCAAUCUCUCUGAUGAAUGUUUGUUCGUUUGGUUAAAGGACAUGUAUUUAGCAGUGUAAACCAGAACAUGGUAUAGACUGUCGUGGACCAAGGGAAGGUACAGUAGCAUGUAAAAGUAGUUUAGUCUCUGCAUGCCAUAUUCUCAUCAGACCUAACUGUAGCAUAGUAACCCCAUCCAUGUCCAUUUCCUCCAUGCAUUUACUAUUACCUGCCAAGCUCUGUGCUGCCGGCCUGCAAUGGAUUUAAAACGUGUACUUGUCUUCCUCUCCAGGACAGGUUACAUGUUUAAAAAAAAACAAAAAACAAAAAAACUCAUUCCUCCUCCUGCCAAGUCAAUAUUGUUUAACUUCAGAACUUUGUUGUAAUAGAAGAUUACACUUGCUGUCACCUUAAUCUCAGCACAUGCAGUUGCAAUCUUCUAUUUUGAUUAUGAUAAACCAGCAAAAUAACUUCAUACCUUCGCUAGCAUCCAGCAAAGGGAACAUUAUGCCAAAAGCUUGCUUAUAGAAUGUUCUGUCAGAUGUAAUAUCAGUUAGUUUUAUAAAAAGAAGGAAAGAAAAAAAACAACCAAACACAAUAUGUCCAGUCUCCCAUUGCUCAUUUAAAAACAAUUAAAUAAAAAAAUAAACACCCUCCAACCCCCAAAAAAUCCAAACCACAAGCCAACACCCACCUUUGCUUUCAUAUCCACUACAUAAGUAAGAUGGCUUUUUUAUCUUUCUAAAGUUGUAGUAUGUUAAACUCACUGGCAUAGAAACAUUUUAAACGGUUUGAAACAAAAUUGCACCCAAAUUUUGGUUACCACUUUAGGAAUCAUUUUACUUGAUUGCAUUUCCCAAAUUAAUUUUGAUACACGUCUUGCUAGCGUUGAAUUAAGGAUUUAACAAACUAACUUGGCUGGAGGAGAAGCCAUAUUGUACAUCAGAUACUCCGACUCUAUCCUUACAUCACUAGCACAGCAAGUCUCAUCUCCCAAUCAUCCCCCAGAAUCCACUCAUGGUCCUGUUAGAUCCAUCUAAACUUUGGCCAUCAGAUCCUAAUAACCUAGUCUGUGCUGGUACUGGAAGAUCAAUGCUUAUAAACCCGGGUGUACAUUAUGCUUCUGUAGACCUGUAGUUGGGAAAUAGACCUGCUUGCUGGUUGAAUGCUCCAUCCUUAUUUAUCAUCAUCAUCUUCAUACUGACUAGUAGAACAUAGUUAACCUGUAACAUAUAGAUCAUUAUACAGAUUUUUAUUUUAUUUUGCUGCAGGAGUGCAUUCAAUUUAUUUUUGUAUUUUAUAAGUUGAUCUGGUUACCCUUAAGCACAGUAACUAUAUGUAACCUAGUUCUACAGUGUGGCCAAGGCUAUCCAGAACAUUACUUGCCUUUCAUUAUGUCAGUAAGAAUAGUAGAGACUGUUCCAUGUACACCAAUGGUGAACACUUGGUAAAUUCCAUUCACGGUUUGGGUCAUCACUAUAAGAAAGAUUAAAACAUUUAAACAGUUGUUUCUCUAAAAUAAAGUCCUAGUCAGAUACACACAUGGUUAUAAAUUUCCCUUACAUUCUACCAAGAGUGCAAAAGAUAGCACUGAGUGCAAAGUCAUGACUCGUUGUGCUAGUGGUGCUGGCACACUGGGUGCCCAUUACAUUACUUAAUACAAUUUAAAUUUAACAUUCCUAGUAAUUCUUGUUAAUACAAUUUAAUAUUCCUAGUAAUUCUUGUUCUAACACUAAAAUCCUCAAUUUAUUUAAUUGUAUUUGUUUGGAUGAGACCCUAUGAGUCCCACGAAGUAGAAUUGUGGGAUAGAACCAAAAUAAAACUGAUAAAAAUCUGCCUGGGAUGUCAUAGUGUUAAUGUAGUAGUACAUUAUAUCAGUUUUAAUAUAAUGAAGUAGUUUUUUUAGCUCUAUUAUUUCUUCAUACAUGUCAACUAAAUGUUGAAGUUCCCACACAGUGAAUUACUAAACACAGAUAAUGCAAAGCUUUAUUUGAGGACCCUAUAUUCAAUUAAUUAUUUUUGGAGGUAAAUGAAAUCCAUUAAAAUAUUUCAUCUGUAUAGUGCUUUGAGUUAAUAUACAUCUCUUUAAAAAUAGUUUUAAUGAAAUUAUUUUUAAUUACUUUCGAUAUUUACAUUUUAUUGUAUUUACAUUCUAUACUUUUAUUCUAUUUUUUUUUUUAGAUCAAGUGUGGCCUACAGCUGUUCAUUUAACUCCUGUGCAGAAAAGAUCCGUACUGUAAAAGAUUUGUUCCUGUUCACUCGAUCAAGAGAUAUCAAACUAGUGUUUAUUCUCCUCUGUGCUUCAAUUCCAAUGUGAGAAUUGAAAACAUUAAGCCAGGUGUAGGUGCCCAUUGCUGUACCAUGUUCUGUAGACUAAAUUACUCUAGGUGCUCUGGCAUCGCAGCUGGGAAAGAAUCUCGGGAGAUAAAGUCCACAGCAGCGGGAAUAGUAUUGGAUGCGGACAUGUUACUUCAACUCCUAACCUAAAUUGUACCGCAGACUGUGUUUAUAGUGCUGAAGAAAAAGUGGUGAAGAUUACAGGGCAAUGUUUUACCAUCAUUUACAUGCAACCAAUAUAUAAUAUUACAGAAUGCUUAUUCUUAUUAGAAAAAUCAAAGCUGCGUUAGAAUCCUAAGUUAAUGUUUCCUACAACUGGAUUCGAGCAAUAUUCCGUUAAAAGGGCACUUGGUCAUCAUAAUUUCGACAAGUUACUGUAGUAGUUAUGGUGCUCUCAAGCUGUCCCUGAAAAUGAAAGCUCUGCCGAUGAUUUUCAUUUUAACCGCCUGAACCACAAAUUCUGAUAUCAAACAAGCAAAUCCAGCCUUCUCACUGAGCCGCCCAAAUAUUCGGAGCACUUUGUGACAAGCAGGGAACAGUGCUAUGUGAAAGUACACCAGGAUAUGUAGGAGUCUGAUUUUAUCAUAUGUCCCAUACUGCUCAAGUAAUGUUUGAGGCACUCCCCUUGUAUUUUAAACAUUACAAUAAGUGUAUUUUAGAUAUUUGAAAAUGAGUUUUCUGGUGUUUAAUUAAUUAUUAAAAUAUCUUACAAAC